GGACUUGCCAGUGAGCGUCCCGCAGGCAGUGGUACAGAGCGAGUGCGAAGCCCAGACUGUACCUGAUCUUCCUGAGUAGGCAAAAUGCAGAGCACAGCAAAUUAUCUCUGGAUGCUGUCUGAUAUUCUUGGACAAGGAGCCACUGCAAAUGUAUAUCGUGGACGCAAUAAGAAAACAGGUGACUUAUACGCUGUCAAAGUGUUUAACAGCUUAAGUUUCCAACGUCCUGCGGAUGUUCAGAUGCGGGAGUUUGAAGUGUUAAAGAAACUCAAUCAUAAGAAUAUUGUUAAACUAUUUGCAAUUGAGGAAGAGAUGUCCAGUCGCCAUAAAGUGCUUGUUAUGGAGUUCUGCCCAUGUGCCAGUCUAUACUCUGUAUUAGAAGAGCCAACAAAUUCAUAUGGUUUGCCUGAGUCAGAAUUCCUAAUUGUAUCACGUGAUGUUGUGGCAGGCAUGAACCACCUGAGGGAAAAUGGUAUUAUUCAUCGCGAUAUAAAACCAGGGAACAUUAUGAGAGAGAUUGGAGAGGAUGGGAAAUCUGUUUACAAGCUGACUGACUUUGGGGCAGCUCGUGAACUUGAAGAUGAUGAACAGUUUGUCUCUCUCUAUGGCACUGAAGAAUACUUGCACCCAGACAUGUAUGAGCGGGCAGUGCUACGAAAAGAGCAUCAGAAGAAGUACAGUGCAACAGUGGAUCUGUGGAGUAUCGGAGUGACAUUCUACCACGCUGCCACAGGCAGUCUUCCUUUCAGACCUUUUGAAGGACCUCGAAGGAACAAGGAAGUCAUGUAUAAAAUAAUUGCUGGCAAACCAUCUGGGGCAAUAUCUGGUGUACAACGUGCAGAAAACGGCCCAAUUGAGUGGAGCGGGGAAUUGCCCGCUACCUGUAAUUUGUCUAUGGGUCUGCAGACUUUGUUUACGCCAGUCCUUGCAAAUAUCCUUGAAGCUGAUCAGGAGAAGUGUUGGGGGUUUGAGCAGUUCUUUGCAGUAACAAAUGAUAUAUUCAAUCGCAUUGUUGUACAUGUUUUUUCACUGCAGCAAAUGACUCCCCACAAGAUCUAUAUCAACACAUAUGACAAGGUGCCAGAUUUCCAUGACUUGGUGUACAAACAGACAAAGAUUCCUGGCCAGAACCAAGAACUGCUGUUUGAAGGAAGACGACUGGUGUUGGAACAAGGGAGACUUGCACAGCAUUUCCCUAUAACCACAGAUGAAAAUCCAAUAUUUGUCUUAACCAGAGAAAUGGUUUCUGUUAUUGGCCUUCGGUUUGAUGAAAUUGUGAUCCCAAAGCCCAUUUCUCAUUAUGACUUGGAUGUAGAUGCUAAUAUGGCAAAGGCAGUAACAGGUGUUGCUUGCUACUACUGCAGAAUUGCUGCCUCUUUGCUGCUUGUACUGGAUCUCAUGCGCAAAGGAAUACGAUGGCUUAGUGAAUUAAUGAAGGAGGAAUAUAAUGAGAAUGUUCACAGGAAUACUGAAGUUUCUCUUAAGCUUAACUUCUGUAACAGAACAACAGAAAAAGACCUUAAAAUAUAUGAACAACUGAUGCAGACCAGUGUGGAAUCAGAAGUUUAUGCAAUCCAUGCCAAACUAUUGAAUCUUUCCAGUACGCAGGAAGGUCUGAAAUCCUCAUUACAAGAAGUAAAAAACAAACUGACUCCUGGAGGAACCCUCAUGGACUCUUGGAUAAACACUGAAGGCAUACACGCAGCUGACAGAAAUGUGGAAAAACUGCAAGUGUUGCUAUCUUUGAUAACAGAAAUAUACUGCCAGUUCAAGAAGGAUAAAGCACAGCGCAGGCUUUCGUACAAUGAGGAACAAAUACACAAGUUUGACAAACAGAAGUUGUGUUUACAUGCAGCAAAAGCAUACUCCCUUUUCAAAGAUGAAUGUGUUGGCAAGUAUGAAGUAUUCCGCAGCAAGACUUUAGAAUGGAUGAGGAAGAUGAUUCAUGUACGAAAACAAUUAUUUUCAAUUAAAAGCAAGUGUUUUGACAUUGAAGAAGAAGCUUCAAAGUGUCAGCAUUACAUCAACCAGUAUCAAGAGAAGAUGUCUCCAAAAAUGUUUGCUGCACCCAGUGGCAUGAAAUCAGCAGUGAAUCCAAUAUAUUCAAGCCCCAACACUUUAGUGGAAAUGACACUUGGAAUGCGUAAACUGAAAGAAGACAUGGAGGGUGUUGUUAAAGAAUUGGAGGAAAACAAUCACAUUUUAGAAAGGUUCGGGGCUCUGACUAUAGAUGGCGACUUCAGGAAUGUGGAUUGCAUUUAGUAAAAUAGGCACUAAAAUGCUGAACUCUGCGGCCGAUAUAAAUAUAUGAGGACCUUGUAACUCCCUGUGCCCAUUUCAUCCAUAAUGUUUUGGUGCCAGAAGUAUGUAUAUAUGUACCAUACUGUAAAUGUAAAGAAAGAUUUGUGUAUUUUUUUUACGUCACUAUUGCACUCGAGUCUUCAAGUUAACUAGUAUAACCGUUUAGUUCUCUGCAAUCAAAACUGUUAAACUGAAUAAUUAACAUCAACAGUAAUGUUGCCCAUAGCAAUUAUAUUUGAACAGUCACCUCUACAAGUUUGGAAAACUUAGAUCUGAUUGUUUGCUAUGGGCAACAUCAAUACAUUUUAAUAAGUAUGCCCCAUAAUACAAUUCCUUGCAAAAGUAUUUACCCCCCUUGGCUUUUUACCUAUUUUGUUACAUUCCAACCUUUGAUUUAAAUGUUUCUUAAUCUUAUUUUAUGUUAUGGAUCUGCACAAAA